CUCAAUGUAAGGUCUCGCGAUGUUUGACACUUUCGAUAUCCUGGAGAAAAGGAACUUGACACACAUGUCAACAAAAAAUAUACAUUAAUACUAGCUAGGACAGGCAUGCCAGGGUGUGCCAGUGUAGAAUAAGCUGACCCAUCACUGCAUCUACAGGUCCUCUGCUGUCUACAUGACCACCCCUCCCAUGGUGGCGUUCGCUGGGCAGCAGGCUCAGGCUGCCCGUGAUGUCAACACGGCGUCGCUCUGUCGCAUCGGCCAGGAGACGGUGCAGGAUAUUGUCUUACGCACCAUGGAGAUCUUCCAACUGUUGAGGAACAUGCAGCUGCCAAAUGGAGUGACGUACCACCCCAGCACCCACCAGGACAGGCUGGGCAAACUGCAGGAGCACCUGCGUAUGCUCUCUGUACUCUUCCGCAAGCUGCGCCUCGUCUACGACAAAUGCAAUGAAAACUGCACCGGUCUGGACCCCGUAACCCCAGAGCAACUCAUCCCGUAUGUGGAGGAGGACGGCAGCUCCAGACACAAUGAACGCUCGGCCAGCCAGGCCCGCCCGGAAACAGAAGAGAGGGGGGAGAUCCUGGAGGUUAACAAGAAGCUCAAACAGAAGAACCAACAGCUGAAGCAGAUAAUGGACCAGCUCCGAAACCUCAUCUGGGAGAUAAACUCCAUGCUGGCUGUUAGGAAUUGAAUGCCAAACACGGCGACACAGAGGGCGUGCAUACACACACACACACCACCGACUGGAAGAUAUGGCUAUUAACUGGAUAAGUGACAGGGUCCCUCUAAGGUGGCACUUAAGAAAUACAGGCUUUCACAAUAUACCACUCUUUCCCACAAGACGAGUUGGGAGAGAAGAGGGGGAAGAAAGCAAAGAAGAAUGAAGAUAAGUCAUGCAAUGGGGAAAUGCUGAUAUACACCAAUUUAUUAGGCACACCCAUUUAGUACUGGGAUCAGACUGGUCAUCUGCUGCAAUAGCCCCAUCCAUGACAAGGACCAACGAGUUGUGUGUCCUGAGAUGCCGUUCUGCGCCAUUAUUUGUUUGUAGCCCACUUGUUAACUUGCAUGAGUCUUGCCAUUCUCCUUCGACCUCUCUCAUCCACGAGCUGUUUUCGCCCACAGGACUGCCGCUGAUUGUUUUUUAUUUUAUUUGUCGCACCGUUCUCGGUAAACCCUAGACACGGUCGUUUGUGAAAAUCCCAGGAGAGCGGCAGUUUCUAAGAUACUGCAUCCGGCAUGCUUGGCACCGACGAUCAUUCCAUGCUCAAAGUUGAUUAGGUCACUCCUUUUGCCCAUUCUAACAUUCAAUCGCACAGUAAUCGAAUACCUCGAUGCCCCUCUGCCUGCUUUAUACAGCAAGCCACGUGACUCACUCUCUUUAGGAGCGAUCCAUGUGUGUGAACGGGAUGUUUUACCUAAUACACUGGCCGGUGAGUGUAGUUAUCGCCUACAAUAUGGUUGAGGACUUUCAGAGUUGUGGUUUGAAAGACCAUAGUCAUGGCUUUCAGUAGAAUUCAAAUCAACUGUUGAUUUAUUGUAGGCACUAGGUAUAAAUGCAGGACAAUAUGUAGUCAAUCGUACAACAUUUUAUAUAUUUAAUCUCUAUCCCAAAAUAUGACAAAUACUCAGAUUACCCAUUUAAAGGGGUUUUGAUGUUCUAUUUCCCUCAAGAUGUUUUUAUACAUUCCUUAACCAUUUUAGCUAAAAGGAGGGCAACAUUUGUGAAGGAGAGCACAGACAUGUAAAAAAAUACUAGGGCACAUUGUUGAAAAUAAGUUUCAAAUUAAAUCACUGCCAGAUUGAGGUUUGCAUUAUUUUUACUGGACUUUUUAUGAUCAUCACAAUGUCUCAUUAACUUUUGCAAUUCUAUGGCGCUAUAAAUCCUGCUGUGAUUUAGGCCACUGUUUCUUUCUGUUCUAUUUUUAGAUCUGUGUUCUCACUGCUCACGAGGACCGUUAGAUCAGGUCUCUUUGUGGUCUUUUUGGAUUGUCCCCAGGCUUUAAAAGUAAUUUAAAAAAAAUUACGCCCAGAAACAGUGCCGGCCCAGCCAAUAAGCGACAUAAACAACUUAGUAGGGCCCCGCGGCCACUGGGGCCCCCUGACCCUUUGAUUGAAUCCUGGUGUUAUUAUACUGAUGAUUUGUCGGACCAGAGGGUUUCGUUACGUACAGUGCAUUCGGAAAGUAAAGACCCCUUCACUUUUUCCACAUUCUAUUACAACCUUAUUCUAAAAUUGAUUAAAAUGUUUUUCCCUUCAUCAAUCUACACACAAUACCCAAUAAUGACAAAGCAAAAACAGGUUUAGAAAUUUCAGCAAUAUUACAAAGAAAAAAACAAAUCACAUUCACAUUCAGACCCUUUACUCAGUACUUUGUUGAAGCACCUUUGGCAGCGAUUACAGCCUCGAGUCUUCUUGGGCAUGAUGCUACAAGCUUGGCACACCUGUAUUUGGGGAGCUUCUCCCAUUCCUUUCUGCAAAUCCUCUCAAGCUCUGUCAGGCUGGAUGGGGAGCGUCACUGCAUAGCUAUUUUCAGGUCAGAUAUGUUGGAUCGGAUUCAAGUCCGGGCUCUGGCUGGGCCACUCAAGGACAUUCAGACUUUUCCAGAAGCCACUCCUAUGUUGUCUUGGCUGUGUGCUUAGGGUCAUUGUCCUGGUUGACAUUCGUGAACAUUCGCCCCAGUCUGAGGUCCUGAGCACUAUGGAGCAGGUUUUCAUCAAGGAUCUCUGUACUUUGCUCCGUUCAUCUUUCCCUCGAUCCUGACUAGUCUCUCAGUCUCUGCCUCUGAAAAACAUCCCACAGCAUGAUACUGUCACCACCAAGCUUCACCGUAUGGAUGGUAUUGGCCAAGGCGUGACGUGACGCUUGUUCUUGAGGACCUUCAAUUCUAAAUAAAAAAUGUUGGUACCCUUCCGCAUGUCUGUGCCUAGACACAAUCUUGUUUUAGAGCUCUACGGACAAUUCCUUCAACCUCAUGGCUUGGAUUUUGCUCUGACAACUGUGGGACCUUGUAUAGACAGGUGUGUGCCUUUCCAAAUCAUGUCCAAUCAAUUUAAUUUACCGCAGGUGGACUCCAAUUAAGUUGUAGAAACAUCUCAAGGAUGAUCCAUGGAAACAGGAUGCACCUGAGCUCAAUUGAGUGUUUUUGUUUUGUCAUUAUGGGUAUUGUGUGUAGAUUGAUGAGGACAAUGUUUUAUUUAAUCCAUUUUAGAAUAAGGCUGUAACAUAAAAUUGUGGAAAAAGUCAAGGGGUCUGAAUACAUUCCCGAAUGCAGUGUAGGUGAUGGUUUCUACGGUUGUAGCUGGAUGGAGUAGGCCUACAGCUCCAUCUGGUUGUUGACAACGGUUUCAUUUUAGCUAAGCCUAACCCUUUUCCUAACCUUAACCUCAGGUUGGAUUCAAUCUGUAUCGUGGAAGAUCUGCGUUACAAUGUAAAGGUAAUUUCCAAUUAGGUCGACAUAUGCAGCAUUUACCGUGAAUGCACUCCCUGCAAACGCUAUAACACAGAUCUCCCGCAAUACAGAUUGAAUCCAACCCCUCAUUCUCCUAACCUGCUACGUAAACAAACCAUCAGUCUCGACAAAUCAUUAGCAUCACAUCGGCCUCAAUCAUGUUCUGAGGGAAGCGCCGUCUUGAGCAGAACUAAUGUGAUUGGUUGGAUGAAAGUAGGUGGUUAAAAAUAGGUUGGAGGCAUUACAUGCGUGUUGCGACCCGCUCGGUUGCCAGUUCAAAUCAAGAUUACGACUUUUGUUUUCCAACCUUACCGAACAUUCUUAACUAAUUACAUUUCUAAUCUAUUACCUUUCAACAUUUCACUGAAUAGCUUUAAAUAUGUGAAAACACCAGAGCAUUAAAUAACUUCCAGUCAGGAAUGUAAGGUAGGUAGCUUCUUACUCCCAAGUAGUCUUCUUUACAAUCAGUCAGUAAGCCCAUGUUGGCUAAAAUGUUUUAGGUUGCUAGGUAAGUUAGUCUAGCCAGAUAGCCAGAGAUUACGAUAAAUAAUUAAGAUGGUUGGGGUCAUAUCCAAGUUGUGUUAUGAGGUUAUUGUCCUCAGGCAAAUGUUAGAGGACAUAGUAUGCAACUCCAUCCCAAAUUUCACACUGUUCCCUAUAUAGUGUACUACUUUUGACCAGAGCGCAUGGGUCUCCGGUCAAAAGCAGUGCAUUUCGUAAGGGAUAUGGUGUCAUUUGGGAAGCAGAAUAGGGAGGAAAGCAAAGACACUCCUUCCACAGAAUAAGAAUCAAUCGCUGGAUAGUGGAUCAUGAUUUAUUUUCACAAACCAGGUUUCCAGCCAAACUUUAUGCUUGUAAAAGUACGGUACAAGGGGGUAACCCCCCUGUAAUUCACAUUAAGACCACAAGAUGUCACCAAAUUAUUUUCCUUGUCGUCACUGCUCUUGCUCAACAAACAUGUCCUGUGUCAUCACAACUUUGAGAUAUUUCAAAAUGAUUGUGGUAAAUUUGUAAUUUUUUUGCUAUUUUCAAAAUGUUGUAGAUAUAUUCCAAUAAAACUUUUUUUUAAAUGAGA